AUGGGAUUUGUCAGAUUCACUCUGCAUUCCGGCCUGGCUGUUGUUUUUCUCGCCCUCCACCCCGUCUUUGGAGACGUGAGCUACUCGAUUCCAGAGGAGAUGAAACGUGGAUCUGUAAUUGGAAAUAUCGCGAAGGAUCUGGGACUUGAAUCGGGAAGACUGUCUGCUCGCAAGGCCCGCAUUGAUACCGAGGAUAACAGUGUGACGUACUGCGGUGUGAAUCUCAACACCGGAGAACUGAUCGUGCAGGAAAGGAUCGACAGAGAAGGUCUUUGUGCUAAAAGAGCAUCAUGUGUUCUGAAACAGGAACUCGUCCUGGAGAAUCCUUUAGAGGUACACCGUAUUAAUAUCCGCGUUCAAGAUAUCAACGACAAUUCACCCCAAUUUAAAGAGGAAUCACAGAAAUUUGAUAUUCAUGAAUCGGCAGACAAGGGUGCGCGUUUUCUCUUAGAUGAGCCACACGAUGGAGACAUCGGGGAAAAUGCUGUGCAGGGCUAUUCUCUUCAGCAGAAUGAUCAUUUUAAAUUAAAUGUAAACACGAAAGGAGGUGGACGGAAAUAUGGUGAAUUGGUGUUGGACAAAGAAUUAGACAGAGAGGACAAACAAGAGCUCCUGUUAUUGCUGACUGCAUUUGAUGGAGGCUCUCCUCGAAGAUCAGGCACUGUUAUCAUACACGUCGCUGUGCUGGAUGCUAAUGAUAAUGUACCAGUGUUCAGUCAGACCGUAUAUAAGGCCAGUCUGCCUGAAAACUCUCCUCUGGAUACAUUGGUGAUCAAAGUGAGUGCAACCGAUGCAGACGACGGCCUAAACGGUGAAAUAACCUAUGGAUUUGACCAUGUCUCAGAUGAUAACCACAUUUUCUCUCUGGACUCUAAAACAGGAGAGAUCAUAGUGGCUGGAUCUAUUGAUUAUGAAAAAGAGUCAUCCUAUGAAUUGCAGAUCAGCGCAAAAGAUGGACUAGGGUUGGCGUCACACGCCACUCUAAUAAUUGAUGUUUUAGACAUAAAUGAUAACGCCCCAGUGAUAUACCUAAAAUCACUGACCAAUCCCAUACCUGAGAAUGUGUCACCUGGUACAGAGGUGGGCAUCAUCAACGUACAGGACAGAGACUCUGAGAGUAACAGACAGGUCCGCUGCUCCAUUCAGCAAAAUGUCCCUUUUAAGUUGGUUCCUUCUAUUAAAAACUAUUAUUCUCUGGUGAGCACAGGACAGCUGGACCGUGAACUAGUGUCUGAUUACAACAUCACAAUCGCUGCCACUGACGAGGGUUCUCCACCUCUGUCCUCCUCUAAAAGUGUUCAGUUAUCUGUAGCAGACAUCAACGACAACCCACCUGUGUUUGAGGAACAGUCGUACAGCGCAUAUGUGAGUGAGAAUAACAAACCUGGCUCCACUUUAUGUUCCGUUAGUGCUCGAGACCCCGACUGGAGACAGAACGGUACAGUGAUUUAUUCUCUGUUAGGCGGUGAGGUGAACGGAGCCCCGGUGUCCUCGUAUGUGUCAGUGAAUGGAGACACGGGGGUGAUCCACGCUGUGAGGUCGUUUGAUUAUGAACAGUUCAGGAGCUUCAAAGUGCACGUGAUGGCCAGAGACAAUGGCUCUCCUCCUCUCAGCAGCAACGUGACCGUGAGUGUGUUCAUAUCGGAUGUGAAUGACAACUCCCCUCAGAUCCUGUACCCCGGGCCGGAGGGCAACUCGUUCAUGACCGAGCUGGUCCCCAAAGCUGCACACGGAGGCUCUCUGGUGUCCAAAGUGAUAGCGGUGGACGCAGACUCCGGACAGAACGCCUGGCUGUCAUAUCAUAUAGUGAAAUCCACUGAUCCGGGACUUUUCACUAUUGGUGUCCACAGCGGAGAGAUCAGGACCCAGCGGGACAUUUCUGAAUCUGACAGCAUGAAACAGAACCUUAUUGUGUCAGUGAAAGAUAACGGACAGCCCUCUCUGUCUGCCACCUGUUCCAUGUAUUUGCUGAUUUCUGAUAACUUGGCUGAGGUGCCAGAACUGAAGGACAUUUCUUAUGAUGAGAAGAACUCCAAACUGACCUCUUAUCUAAUCAUCGCGCUGGUGUGUGUGUCGACGUUUUUCCUGACCUUCAUCAUCAUCAUCCUGGGUGUGAGGUUUUGUCGCAGGAGAAAGCCCAGACUUUUGUUCGACGGAGCAGUAGCCAUCCCCAGUGCUUAUCUCCCUCCUAAUUACGCAGAUGUUGACGGCACAGGAACUUUACGCAGCGCUUACAAUUAUGACGCCUACCUGACAACAGGGUCUCGAACCAGUGACUUUAAGUUUGUGUCAUCUUACAAUGACAACACACUGCUUGCUGACCAGACUCUGAGGAAAAGUCCAUCAGACUUUGCUGAAGUGUUUGGAGACUGUGAUGACUCUCCUGAGGUAGGACCAUAUGCCAAAUACAGUUUAGUGUCUUUUGCUCAGUCAAGUGGACUGUUCUAGAUGGUAUCAUACAAAAAAACCCUGAAGUUUCCUCUUGUUCAGGGAAUCACCAGUCCCUGGCGGUGUUUUGAUUUAUUAAGGAUGGCUACAUUUUCACGUAACUUUAA